AUGAGUCAAAGGGGUUUGAUAUAUAGCUUUGUUGCCAAAGGAACUGUUGUUUUAGCAGAACACACUCAGUAUACAGGGAAUUUCAGUACCAUUGCUGUUCAGUGUUUGAACAAGCUUCCUUCAAAUAGCACCAAAUAUACGUAUUCGUGUGAUGGUCACACCUUUAACUUCCUCUUAGACAAUGGGUUUGUUUUCCUUGUUGUUGCUGAUGAAUCGAUGGGAAGGAGUGUUCCUUUUGUGUUUCUGGAACGGGUGAAGGAUGAUUUUAAACAGCGUUAUGGUUCUAGUAUUACGAAUUCAAGUGAUCAUCCACUUGCUGAUGAUGACGAAGAUGAUGAUUUGUUUGAAGAUAGGUUUAGCAUUGCAUAUAAUCUUGACAGAGAAUUUGGGCCGAGUCUUAAGGGGCAUAUGCAGUAUUGUUUGACCCAUCCUGAAGAAAUGAGUAAACUGUCGAAAUUGAAGGCUCAAAUAACUGAGGUCAAGGGAGUAAUGAUGGAUAAUAUUGAGAAGGUUUUGGAUCGUGGAGAGAAGAUUGAACUUCUGGUGGAUAAAACUGAAAACUUGCAGUUUCAGGCUGACAGCUUCCAGAGGCAGGGAAGGCAGUUGAGAAGGAAGAUGUGGCUGCAGAAUCUCCAAAUGAAGCUGAUGGUGGGAGGAGGAAUCCUUAUCUUAGUUAUAAUAUUAUGGGUUAUUGCCUGUGGGGGUUUCAAAUGUUGA